CGGUGUCGCAAGUGUGAAACGCAACUCGAAAGGAUAAUAGGGGCAACGAUCUUCCAGAGAUGAGCUGUAACUGUCCAUUAACCCCUUCAACUGGACCGACUCUAGCGUCGACAUGCGGUGGUUCAUCCUUCAUGCUCUUCAUGGGCCUUCUAGAAGUGUUUCUCCGUAGCCAGUGCGACCUCGAGGAUCCGUGCAACAGGCCUCUACCACCUUCUAGCGUUAAUUCCAGGUACGAUUUCGUAGUCAUCGGAGGGGGUAGCGCUGGUGCAACAGUUGCGGCAAGACUAUCCGAAGAGCCAAGAUUUUCGGUAUUAUUGCUGGAAGCUGGCCUGGACGAACCUACUGGGACACAGAUACCCUCGUUUUUCUUCAAUUUCAUCGGGACUGAUAUCGAUUGGCAGUAUAACACCGAAAGUGAGGACACGGCGUGUUUGAAUAAGGAAGAUCGAAAAUGUUACUGGCCAAGGGGGAAAGUACUGGGUGGUACCAGUGUUAUGAACGGCAUGAUGUAUAUGAGGGGUUCGCGAAAGGAUUACGACGACUGGACUAGGCUUGGCAACGUAGGAUGGUCUUAUCAAGAUGUCCUUCCGUAUUUCAUCAGGAGCGAGGAUAAUCUGCAGGCAAACACUAUGGAUUAUGGUUAUCACGGUGUCGGUGGACCACUCACGGUCACACAAUUUCCUUAUCACCCGCCCUUGAGUUACGCUCUCCUUGAGGCUGGAAAAGAACUCGGUUACAGUACGGCGGAUCUGAACGGGCGAACUCACACAGGAUUCGCCAUAGCACAAACGACCUCGAGAAAUGGUUCACGGCUUUCGACGGCCAGGGCAUUUCUACGUCCGGCAAGAAAUCGGCCUAACCUCCACAUAAUGCUCAAUUCCACGGCCACCAGAGUCCUUUUCGACAAUAACAAGAGGGCAGUUGGCGUGGAAUUUGUCCACGAUGACAAGCUUCACCGCGUCUCUGUGGCGAAGGAAGUGGUCAUAAGCGGAGGCGCCGUAAACUCGCCGCAAAUGCUUUUGAACAGUGGUAUCGGUCCACGAGAGGAACUGAGUGCUGCCGGUGUCCCUGUCGUUCACGAUCUACUCGGUGUCGGUAAAAAUCUUCACAAUCACGUUGCCUACACGUUGACCUUCACUAUCAACGACACUGAUACGACUCCUCUGAACUGGGCUACCGCUAUGGAGUACCUUCUCUUCAGGGAUGGUCUGAUGUCUGGUACUGGUAUUUCCGAGGUGACCGCCAUGAUAAACACAAAAUACGCGAAUCCGAAAGAAGAUCAUCCUGACGUUCAGUUGAUCUUCGCGGGUUACUUGGCGGAUUGUGCAGAAACGGGAAUGGUGGGCGAAACAAAGGGUGCAAAUCGUACAAUUUACAUUAUCCCGACGUACUUACAUCCGAAGAGUCGCGGUUACCUUCGCCUGAGGAACAACGAUCCGCUUUCUAAGCCGCUGAUCUACCCCAAGUAUCUGAGCCAUCCGGACGACGUGGCCGGCCUUGUCGAGGCUAUUAAGUUUGGUAUCAAGUUGUCGGAGACCGGGGCUCUCAGCAGAUACGGAUUCCAACUGGAUCGUACACCGGUGAAAAACUGCGAGCACCUGAAAUUCGGCUGCGACGCGUAUUGGGAAUGCGCCGUGAAACACGACACAGCACCCGAGAAUCAUCAAGCAGGCUCCUGCAAAAUGGGCCCGCCGGACGAUCCUCUCGCUGUGGUGGACAAUCAGCUUAGGGUGAGAGGAGUGAGGGGCGUCAGAGUGGCUGAUACCAGUAUCAUGCCGAUGGUUGUUUCCGGUAACACGAACGCGCCAGCGGUUAUGAUCGGCGAACGAGCCGCGGACUUCAUCAAAAGGACCUGGAUCGGCUGAACGAGGCCGUUUCAAACAAAGGAAUUUUCUCUGGCAUCGAAGUGUCAACCGUUCACUGAAAGAAAUUUAUAAUU